UUUGCUUCUUUUUUCAUUCCUGCACAGAAUAUCCCUUUCUCUAAUGACUUCGCUCGUUGAUUAUACCUCCUCAUCAUCUGAAGAUGAAGUUGAAAUUGCACCGAAAAGGGAAACAGCCGAUCGAAAAAGAAAGGCAUCGGCGAGUAAAGAUACAACGACAUCAAAUAAAAUGCCAAAAUUACCUGCUUUCUUCAGCCCAACUUCUACUGUGAGUUCGGCUUCUUCCAUGACAUCGCAAAAGAAGGAUUUAAAGGGAAGAAUACGGACCGUUCCUCAUAUAGCUGACAGCUGGGCUACUUAUGUCUAUUGUAAAGUGGAUUUGUCCAGUGAAAUGAAAACUUUAUCACCUCAUCUACUCCAUAGCGAAGGUGUAGUGCUCAUAGAAGAACAGCAUAUAAGUCUGAGCCGGCCUGUCUAUCUCAAAAAGUUUCAGCUGGACUCUUUUGCAAAAGACGUGAGGGAUACAUUCAGCGGUCAAACGCCCUUUCAUGUGUCCUUUGCCCAAGCAGCCACAUUGGUCAAUGAUGAAAAGACACGCGCCUUCUACACUCUAGAAAUCGGUAAAGGUUACAACGAACUUUACUCAUGCAUGCAAUCCAUCGAUAGAGUCAUGAACAAGUAUCGUCUACCUGUCUUUUACGAUCCUCCCCGCUUUCAUACCAGUAUCGCAUGGGCUCUCAGUGAAAAAACCAUAGCCUCUAUUCGUAUACCCACCUUUCUAUUGGAUCCUAUAGUGAAAGAUGAAUAUUUGAUAACAAAAGUCUAUUUAAAGAUGGGUAAUAAAUUAGAAACCAUUGAGCUAACCUAAACAAGGAAGAACAAUAAAAAAAGUUCCAGGAGGGUAAAGAGCUCACACAUUGGCCCACCUCUGUCAUUCUGUUGUAUCAUCGGACUCUACCCAGUAUGCUUUUUGCCUUACCCAUACGGUCUUUUGUUGGUUUCUUAAAACCGUCUCAUGGAAACAGUUAAAAAAAAAAAAGAAAAA